UCCUCAAUCAAUAAUCAAUCGAUAAUCAAAUCUGCCAUAUUUAUUUUUUCAGCCAAUCGAUCAUCAAUUAAAUCAAUCAAUAGUGUGUGUGUGUGUGAUGAUACAAAAACAGCAAAGAUGAUUAGGAAAACGUAUCGAAAUAUAAUUCGUACAAAAUGUCGGCCAACAUCAAUCCAUUUCAAUGCUGCAUUAAUUAUUCUGGUCACAAUCAUUAUCAAUCUAGUCGUUAUUGUUAGUGGUCAAAUAUCCACUGAUUCUGUUGUUGUUGUUAAUGAUAAUCAAAAUUUUCAUCAUCAUCAAAAUAUUCCAAAAGAUAAUAGGCCACGUUUUCCAAAUGGUACAAUAUUUCAAUUUGGUGGUAACAGUAACAGUAGAGGUCAAAAUAGCCAAAAUGUUUUAACAUUUCCAUCAUCAUCGUCAUCAAAUGUGAUCCAUAAUAAUAAUAAUCGUUUUAAAACCAGACCAAUAACUGGUUCAGUCAUAAAUGUUCAUAGCGAUCGUAUCAAUGUUAAUGAUGAUAAUAAUAAUGGUAACGAUCGAAGUUUUGGUGAAGAAAAUCAACCAUCAACGAUAAGAAUACAGGAUCAUCAACAUGGUGGUCAACAUCAUCCACUUCAUAAUCAAAUUGAUCAUAUUGAUCAUCGAAAUCCAUCGAUUAUCCAUCAUCCAAAUCAUCAACGACCACAAAAUAUUCAUUAUGAAGUUAGUUCGGGCCAGGAUCAUCAAAAUCAUCAACAACCGAUAAUCAGUCAUUAUAAUCGAUCAGCAUUAGGUGAUGAUGAUCAUCGUCGUCGUUUAAUUACAUCAGCACAUCAAGGAAGUCGUACAGAUUUAGAAAGUUAUCAUCGUGCUGCUAUUAUCAAUCCAGAUGAUACAGUUAUUGGUGGUUCAAAUAUUGGUCAUCAUUAUCAUGGUACUAUUGUUGAUGUAACUGAUAAUUUUGCUCGUGGUAAUCAACCUGGUGGUGGUGGUGUAUCAUCACAUCCAAAUUAUCAUCAUUCGGGAUUAGAUUCACCAAAUCGAACACAAAUUCAUCAUCAUCAUCAUCAUCAUUCAUCGGCUAUAUCGACUUAUCCCUCAAAUGUACGUCAAAAUAGUACAACACAACAACUAAAUCAACAUUCGAAUUAUCAACAACAAGUUAACCCGAUCAAUCAAACGACUACUUCUGCUGCCAUCAAUCAUCAUUCGGGUUCGAAUAUUCAUUUUCCAAUCGGAAGAUUGAAUAAUCAAACACAAGCUGGUGGUGGUGGUGGUCAAUCCAUCAAUGGACAACGAUUAAGAACUUUCAACAACAACAACGGUAAUCGAACAUCAGCAGCAACAGUAUCAUCACAACAACAACAACCCGGAACAGCAUUUAUAUCAUUAAAUUCAUUGGAUAAUAAUGUUAAUAUAGUCGAUAAUGAUGUUGAAGCAAUUAAUAAAGCUAGAAUUUAUGCUGAACAAGCAAAUGAAGAACAAGCGAAAAAACAAGCACAAAAUGUUGUUCGUUUAGCAGCAACUGAUCAAUUAGAAUCAGAAAUUAUUACUAAUCGUACAAGAGCAUAUUUAUCAUGCGAAAGCGGUGAAAUGAUUGUAAAAAUAAAUUUUACUGAACCAUUUCGUGGUAUUGGUUAUGCUGAUUAUGAUCGUUCAAGUCCAUGUAAAUUUUAUGGUGAUGGUGGCCGUUAUUAUGAAAUGCGUUUACCAUUAAAAGGUUGCGGUACUAAACAGGAAGCACCAAGAAUAUUCAUCAACAAUAUUAUACUUAGAUUUCAUCGUGCAUUAGAAUUGGAAGAAGAUGAAAUAAAAACAAUUGUUUGUCGUUAUCCACCACCAUUAGCACCACCACCACCAUUGAUUGCUGCACCAAUAUUAGAACAACCACCACCAAUGAUACCAUUCAUACCGGCAAAAUUAUCCGAAAUUGAAUUAUUAUUAAUCGUUUCGGCAUUAUUAUUUUUAACAUUAUUAUUAUUAGGUAUUGGUAUCGGUUAUUAUUGUUUAAAGAAAAGAAAAGUAAAAGUUAUUCGAAAAUUUGUUCCACCGGCUGAAAUUCCAUAUUUUCCACCAUCAUCAUCAGAGGAACAUUCUAUUAUAUCGGAAGGUUCAAUCAUACAUCAUGAUGAUUAUCAAUUUCAAAACCUUGGAUAUAUUCCGGAAGCUAAACUUUCCUAUAUGGAUGAUAUAUUUUAUCAGGAUAAAGAUUUUAUCGAAAACGAUGUUGUUCAAACACAGCAAAAUUUAAUGGUUCCAACAAUGCCAAUAUUCGAUACCCGGAAAUUUGAUGAUCAUUUCAUUAUGCAUGGUUCGGAAACUGAUAUCGAUACUGAUUAUGAAGUUGAUCGUUUAAUCGUACCGAAAAAACCACGUAUAACUAAAUUAAUAACGGAAAAAUAUUUCGUAACACCGAAAACAACAACCGAAAUUGUUGAUGAAAUAAUAACACAUCGUGUUAUUGUACCACCGAAAAAAACAUUAUUAACAAAAUAUCUGGAUGAUACAAUGAUUACACCACAAAUUGAUAAUGAAAUUGAUGAAACAAUUACAAAUCAAAGACGUUUUGGUCCUGCAAAACCAUCAUUGCAAUCCGAAAAAAUUGAUGAUACUUAUGUACAUUCAGCCGAGGAAUUGGAUAUUAUUGAUGAUAUUGAACAACAUCGUAUACGAGGACCAACAAAACAGCCACAAUUAACCACCACUGAUCAAGAUGAUUAUUUUCAUUCAGAUAUUUAUGAAAUUGAUGAAGUUAUUGAUAAUUUAGAUGAAACAAUUAUCAAUGCGACAAGACCAUUAACGCAAUCAACGGUUGAUGAUGAUUAUAUAACACAUUCAAGAGAUUUAGAUGAAUUUUUGGAUAAUACUGUUCAUCGUCGUCGUUUAGUACCAAAACCAUCAACGGAACCACCAAAAAUUAUGGUUAAAAAUAUUGAUGAUUUUUAUAUAACCAAUAUUACUGAAACAGAAACAAAUGAACAAAUUACAAAAAUCGGUCGUUCAAUGCCAAAUUUAACAUUGGAAAUUGAUUAUGAAGAACAAGAACAAGAAGAAUAUGAUGAACAACAAGAAAGAUUGAUUGAAGAAGAAGAACAAACAACUAAAUCACGUUUAACUGGAUUUGAUGUUCGUUUACGUUCGAUACCAAGAAAGCCAUUACCACAACAUACGACAACAACAUCGACAUCGAUAUCCGAAACAACAACAACAACAAAAAUUGAUGAAAUAAUUCGCGUAUUGAAUAAUCCACCACGUGAUCAAAUACCAAAUAUUGAUGAAUAUUUUAUGCUACCAACUAGGAAUCGUUUUCGACAAAUUAUUUUAACUGAUGAAAUAUUUCGUACAUUGAUUUGUGAAUCAACAACAAUCGAUGAAUAUGUUGAACGUAUUGAAAAACAUCCUAGUUAUGGUCCAUUGUUUGAACCACCAACAUGGGAAAUAAUUUUCCGUUUAUUAUCAUUGCCUGAAGUGAAUCAAAGAAGGCCACCACCAACAACAAGAUAUUCUGAUACAUAUAGAUCGGGAUUUUCAGCACAAGAAGUACGUUCAGUUACAGAAGAAGAUGUUACAUUUUCACGUAAUCGUAUUAGUAGUGGACAUUAUGUUCCAUUACCUGAUUAUCCUAUGGAUGAUGAUAAUGAUCAACAGCAACCAUCAUUGGGUAAUCGUUGGUUACCCGAUCCAAAACGUUAUGAAUGUUAUUCACCGGAUUUUACACCAAUAAAACCUGCAUUCAAAACAAUACAUCGAUAUGGUAGUGGUCGUCGAUCAAAACCAUCGGGUACAAUAUCACCAACAUCACCAACAUCAACAUCAGUAUUUGGAACAAGACGAUUAGAAAAUCCAUAUACAACCACAACAAAUUCAUCCAUAAAACCACGUCUUUAUGAUUAUGAUUUUCGUCCAUAUUCACCGGAUUUAGAUGCAUUAAGUUUAGAACCAUCACAAUCAUAUUUAGCAUAUAGUGGAUCAAUACGACGACGUAAUCAAAUUCAAUCGAUUGAAGAACGUGAAGAAAUUAAAUCAACAACCGAAACAAAUGUUUAUGAUUGGAAACGUUAUGGUUGAAACACAAAACCAAAACAAAACAAACAAAACGACAAAAUUUUGCUUUGAAACUUUC